AAUUUAAAAUAAAAAUAAUAUAAUAUACUUAUGUUUAACUACAAAUUUGAUAGUAAUUGAACUAUAUUAUUAAAUGAAACAUAAUAAAAUAUGUAUUUACAUUACAUCAAAUUUGGUGGGAUUGUGUCAAUUUUAAUGUCUUGUUGGAGAUGAAACUACACCAAAUUUGGUGUUUUGAUGUCUUAUCCAAAGAUGCCCUUUAAGUGUGUUGUCCUCUAUAUAUUUUUACGUAGUAUUAAAAUAUAAGAUAACUUUGAUUAAUGAUUAGUUUCGGUACAUUGUAUAUGUGCAUACUCUACUCUCACUUUGAAUAGAAUAUCCCAAAGCAUUGGUGUAACUUUACAAUACAAUCGUUUCGUGGGUAGAAGAAGGGAUAUGCAUUUCUAUUACACACAAUGAGAGUGUAGAAGAAAUAAAUGAAUUAAAUUCUAAUUAUGCACUGAAUGACACCUAGUUAAAACUAUCUUGUUUUUAAGAUAUAGUAUGAAGCUUUAAGUUAUUGCAUUUAAAAGAUACAGUAUGAAGUUGUAAGUUAUUGCACCCUCUGCGAGAUAAGAUAUUUCACUUUCUCUCCUUCACGACUUCUAGCUGGACUCUUGCUGUUUUCAAUCAACUCUCCCCAUUUAUGGCACUAUCGUCUCUCUUUCUCUCUCUCUCUCUCUCUCUCUAAGUUCUUAACUCAAUGCUUGCUGAGAUUUUGAAAGUGUUUUUUUUGGGGGGAGGAGGGGUUAAAUUUUUCACUAAAGCUGUAACUACAAAACGUAAACAUGGAUGAUAUAUAAGAGUCAUAUGAUUUUGCAAAUUUGAAUCUGACUCGUCUGAGUAUAAUGUUUUUGACUAGUUUCAUGAUUUAUAAUUUUUACACGAAAACAUAACCUUUUAGUGGACUCUGUUUGUUUCUAUCUAAACUAGCAAGAUUAUGAAAUACAUUGUGUUUAGCUUAUUUAAAUAUGAUAAAGAGAAAAUAUUGAAUUACGAUUAAUAUUGUGUUUCUUCAAGCUCCUUUUUUUUUGCUAUACUGUUUUGCUAUUUUGUUAAAUUUUAAUUAUUGGAUGGGUAUGUUUGUCUUGUAUUAUUUAAGUCAUGUAUAUUAAUUUUAGGCUGUGAGCUGUAUUUUGGGUCAGAAAGAAGAUGAGAGAUAAAUAGCAUUUCUCAGGUGUUUUAAAUACAACAUCUUCUCCAUGUCUAUCUCCAUCUCUCCCACCCAACUCCCUUAUCUUUUCAAAAGUCAGUCUCCCUCAAUUAUCAUUAGGUUUCCAGGAAGAAAAAAAAACAAGUAAUUUCCAUUGUUCCUCUUUUGCAAAGAAUAUUUCCUUUUUACAAAGCAAUAAUAACUAAUAUUAUUUUGAAAAAAAACUUGUUAAAAACCCUCUUACAUCAUCCAAGGCUUAGACAUGCAUUCACACACGCGCUCACAUAUAUAGCUUCUCGUGGUGACGGUCUCACUUUAGGGUUUUUUCUUGUUGGUCUCUUUAAUUUGUUGGGUCUUUUUGUUUCCUCUUCUGUUUUUUAAAUAUAUAUACACUAAAAAGAGUAGUGAUUAUAUAAGAAAUGGAGUCAGGAAAGAUAUUUGGAUCUGAUGAGGAUUCUCGCAGCUGUGAAUCUGGAUGGACAAUGUAUCUGGCCUCACUCUCUGAUGAUCAUGACCAAGAAUGUUACUAUGAUGAUGAUGGUGACGAAGAUAGUGAUGGUGGUGAUUCAAUGGACUCUGAUGCAUCUUCUGGUCCCAUGGAAGCCACAGCAAAUCUGAAACUUACUCAAGAGAUCGCCGAGCAAAACUCUACAAAGAAAAAGAAUAAGAAGACUAUUGAAGAUACGGUUUUGGUGGACACUAGGGUUCACAACAACAAUCAUGAUGAUGAUGAUGAUGGUCGUGAUAAUCAUGAACUUGAUCAUGAUGAUGGUAAUGAUAGCUAUAGUGCAGUUCAUAGUUACAUUGGUUCGGUUAGACAAGAAGGGCUAAUUUGAUUUUAUGAUUUCAUGUUUAUGUUUACUUAAUUUAUGUUCCAGUGUUUUCUACUUAUAUGAUCGAAUGUUUCUGUCCUCAUGUCGAAGUAUUUUCUUAAUGAUGGAGAAGUAUUUUCUUCCUGCUAAUUAAUUAUAUAUAGCCCAUUUAAUUACUACUGAUACAACAGUAGCGGUGAUUGUAGUACUGAUACUGUGAUGAAGGUGAUGAUGAGAGUGACUAUUGUGAUGGAUGAUAAUGAAGUAGAUAGGGUCUCUUGAUAUGUACAUCAAUGCAUCCAAUUAUGGAUUUCUUAAUGGUUACCAUAGUACCUCAUUAUGUAAAUGCAUAUACUUACCAAUUUCCAUAUUCAGUUUAUAUUCAUUUUUUGCUACUAGUCUACUAAUACAAAUUAAGAUAAAUACACAUAACAUUUUGUGACACACAACAAGAUUAUCUUCCCAAGAAUAUUGUGUUGGUGUUUUUUUUGUUUGUUUGAAGAAUUGGCACAGUUGUAUAUAUAAGCUCGUAACCUAAUUGUUUCAGCAGUGUAUUAACAAUUCAGGAAGAGUAUUUACGCUCAUUAUCGCAUUUUAGGAUACUUUUGUUUACUACAUCUCGUCGCAUUCAUCAGAAAUUUUUAAUGCACAAUUAUAUAUGCAAAAAUAUACUUGUAUACAUUGAACCAAAGCCAACGAGUUAGCCUGCACUGAUGUUAACUUGUAUUAACAACUUGCCAAAAGAUGUCAAGAACUGAAGUAGUCUUGACACCUUUUAGUGAAAAUCAUUAAUACACUAACUGGUUAAAUCUCUGCUGGUACAAGAAAUAUGAAACUUAAAAAGAAAAAGAAAUUGAAAAUAUGUUGCAUCGAUUUGGUUCGUAAACUAUGGACACAUACACACACGUGCACACAGUGUAAGUUGUAUAUAAUUGAGAGAACGAGACAUAAAAUGAGAAACCAUCAUCUUUGGCUGUAGCUUAAGUACAGACAGGGAAACAUGUUUCGUGACCAUAAGGGACAUAUCUAUUCUGCACGUGUAUCUCUCUGCAACUCAUUUUUAUUUUUUUGUCGUUUUACCGUAAAUUUUUUUGUGACAUUUGUUCACAUGCAUCCUCCUGCAGUAACUACACAAUAGUUUGAUACCGACAUCGAAUCCCUAGAUUCGUUUCCCAACUUUUAUUUAGGAUUUGAUCCAGAGAAUGUUUAGAAAAAGCCUACAGGUUCCACUAUAUGGUUUAUAAUUCAAUUAAACAUAUAGGGUUUACAAGUCAAUGUCUCAAUAGAUGUAUUUAAAAACACUUUAAAUAUAUGGUUUUGAAACAUUACGAUUAUAGAGUGAAGAUUAUCCCUCUUACCCCCACUUUUUUGUGACAUUUGUUCAUAUGCACCCUCCUGCAGUAACUACUAACUACAAAACUACAAAUUGAUAGUUUGAUACUAAAGACGAAUCAAUUCUGAAAAUCACCAAGAUUUGUUUCCCAACUUUCUUUCGAUGUUAUGCUUGUCAGCUUGUCAUGCCGAAACCGGAACACUUUUCAAUGCUGGACCGGUGUACAUAGAUGCAGCCUCCUCCAUCUAAGCUUGCUGAAGCUCACAGCAAAGUUUUGGCACAGUAUGGGACCGGUUUUCUUAAGGUUUUGAUGGAGAGAGUGGUCAAAGUCGUCCAUCAAAUUGACCAGAUUGUUUAAUAGAAGCAUAUUUUAUAAGAGUUAAAAAUUCAUGAUUGAAUGAUCUAAGAUUUUGUCUUUCAAACAAACUGUAUAUAUAGCUUUCUAGCAAUCCAAGCUUUACUCAGAUGAGAUAAAAACAAACAAUAAUAAAGGCUAUCCUCCAUUGCUUAUACCAUCAUCACAUGGCUCACACAAUGAGGCGAAGAUACAAGAUAAAAAUAAACUAAAGAUGAAGCAUGACUCAAUCCAAACAUUGAAUAUACAUAUUCUU